GCGCGCGUGCGCUUGCGCAGGCGCGCGACGGCGGCGGCUAGCUGGCUGACUGUCGCCGGGCCCCUCUAGUGUGAGGUAAAGCCGAAGGCGGCAGCGAGGACGGCGGCGGCGGCGGCGCCUGGAGCUCCGAGGGCGCCUGUGGCAGGCGGUGAACCCCAGGAGAAGAAGCGGACGGGAGAAAAGCGGCGUUAGGACCCGCCACCGCCUCUCACCGCAGCGCCGCCGGAGGAGGAGAAGGAAGAAGAGCGGAGGGGCAGCUAGCCGGGCCUACCCCCAGGCCAUUCUGCCCCCGUCGCCGCCAUGAAUAGCGUCGGGGGCGCCGACGAGAUCGGGAAACUAUUUGUAGGAGGCCUAGAUUGGAGCACCACGCAAGAAACUCUUCGUAGCUAUUUUUCCCAGUAUGGGGAAGUUGUUGACUGUGUAAUAAUGAAAGAUAAGACUACAAAUCAGUCACGCGGAUUUGGAUUUGUCAAGUUCAAAGAUCCCAACUGUGUGGGAACUGUCCUGGCCAGCAGACCCCAUACGUUAGAUGGCCGAAAUAUUGAUCCCAAACCCUGUACACCUCGAGGAAUGCAGCCUGAGAGAACACGACCAAAGGAAGGAUGGAAAGGAUCCAGGAGUGAUAGCAAGUCUCAUAAAAUUUUUGUUGGUGGGAUCCCUCACAACUGUGGUGAAACGGAGCUCAGGGAAUACUUCAAGAAGUUUGGAGUGGUUACCGAAGUGGUAAUGAUCUAUGACGCAGAGAAACAGCGACCCCGAGGUUUUGGAUUUAUUACUUUCGAGGACGAACAAUCAGUGGACCAGGCUGUCAACAUGCAUUUUCACGACAUCAUGGGCAAAAAAGUGGAGGUGAAGCGGGCCGAACCUCGUGAUAGUAAGAGCCAGACUCCAGGGCCAACAGGCACCAGCCAAUGGGGAAGCCGGAUCAUGCCAAGUGCUGCCAAUGGCUGGGCAGGACAGCCCCCACCUACCUGGCAACAAGGAUACGGACCUCAAGGUAUGUGGGUACCAGCUGGACAAGCACUUGGUGGGUAUGGUCCCCCUCCACCAGGUAGAGGAGCGCCACCUCCACCGCCGCCUUUUACCUCGUACAUUGUUUCGACACCUCCAGGAGGAUUCCCACCCCCACAGGGUUUCGCACAGAGCUAUGGCACCCCUCCACCUUUCAGCUUUGGGUAUGGUGCCCCACCUCCUCCACCUGAGCAGUUUGCUCCUGCCGGUGUUCCUCCACCGCCUGCCACCCCUGGGGCAACACCACUCGCUUUCCCUCCGCCUCCCCCACCAUCUCAGCCAACUCAGGACAUGAACAAGCCUCCAGCUGCCCAACCAGAUUUCCCCUAUACCCAGUUUGGAUAUGGACAAGACUUGAGUGGCUUUGGACAAGGCUUUGCCGACCCCAGCCAACAGCCCCCCUCCUAUGGAGGCCCUUCAGUACCACCCUCCAGUGGGCCGCCCGCGGGGGGCAGUGGUUUUGGCCGUGGACAGAACCAUAACGUUCAAGGUUUUCACCCCUACCGACGCUAGCGUGCCCACCUAGAAAUCAGGGAGUUCUGUCCAGAGCAGGAUAUCUGGUAUCAGCUGAAACCCAGGAAGGCCAGACUUAUGAACUUGUGACAAUCACCUACUUUACCAGAGGGGGGGGAGGGGGGGAAACCACAAAUGUAACAUCUUUUGGAGGGGUGUUGGGGGAGGAAGAGGAGGCAGCUUUUGAAAGCAAAGUUGUCAGUGGUGUUUGGACUGCAUUUUUUUUUAAGAAAAAAAAAAGUCUUUUCUUUAACCCAUCAGCACAAAUAAAGAGUGUCACUGGUUCAAACUACAGGGUUUUAAAAAAUGUCUUCAGCUUUAAUUAAAAAAAAAAAUCUUCAGGUUUCUUUAUUUUUGUUGAAAAUUUAUUAUUAUUUUUUUUUCCUGAGCCUUUUGUUUUACCAUAUAUUGUAAACUUUAUGUUCAAAGAAGAAGAAAAAUAUAUACAUUUACAGAUUGUGAGAUUUUUAAAGAGAAAUUUUCUACUAUGUAUGCAGGCUUAUUUUUUAAUUUAAAAGAGAAAAAAAAAAACAGGGUUUCCAUUAGCACUGCUUAGAGGGUGGAGUUUUGAACCUCCUUUUGUUUAAAGUGGUUGGUCCAGAAACUGGGAGUUAUUUUAAAAAGAAAAAAGAAAAAAAAAGUGGGAGGCGGAAAUAGGAAAGGGAUUUAAGUAUGUCCGUUUGUCAUUUUGUUACUGGUUUUGGAUCUGACAUAACAGUCCAGGAACAAGAGUUGUUUGAAAAGGGGGCACCGUGUCACUUCUUGAAGCACAGCAUUUCAAUUGAGGCUUCAUGUUCUUAAAAAAAAAAAAUUCUUUGGGGAUAUGAAUUUCUUUAAGGGGGUUAAUGGAAGCCUUGCGAAGAUGUAGAUUUCCCUCAGGCAAAAAAAAAAAAAAAAAAAUGGGGGUGCAUUUUGCACUAACCAGCGAUUACCCCUGGUUUGAAUAAAGAAAAGUACAUUUGGAUUAGAAAU